AGGUCAACGCACUCUGUCAGUUCACGAGAGCACCGUUCCUCUGCACCGUUCCACCAUGUCCGCCUCAGAGUCGUCCGCAGGCGUCGUCGACCGCGUCUCGUCGUUCGUUUCAGAACACAAGAAGGCUGUCAUCGUUGGUGCAGCCGUCGCCGUCGCUGCAGUUGGUGCCGGUGUAUAUUUUGCGUCGACGUCACGGGGCGGCGGCGCGCCAGACGCAGAGAAGGGUGAGCGGAAGAAGAAGAAAAACAAAUCCAAGAAGCGGAAGGCGGCGAAGGAUGCUGAUCGUCCCAUUCUUGAGGAGAUCGAGCCAAAGGUCCAGGAGGUCCCAGAGGAUGAUACUCCUUUGACAGCGGAACGCAUCGCGGUCAUGUCGACUGAGGAGCGUGCAAAAGCUGCAGCAUCAUUGAAAGCAAAGGGAAACUCGGCAUACCAGGCGAAGCAGUACUCUAGCGCUGCCGAUCUCUACACCCGUGCCAUCGAGGUCACGCCAACACCGGAACCGGUCUUCUACUCGAAUCGUGCCGCAUGUUAUGUCCACAUGGACCCUCCUGACCAGGAAAAGAUCGUGGAGGACUGUACUGCAGCCUUGGCGCUUGACAAGCGGUAUGUAAAGGCUUUAAAUAGGAGAGGCGCGGCUUUGGAGGCACAAGGGAAAUAUGAGGAAGCUCUUGCUGAUUUCACUUCCGCUGCCAUUUUGGAUAAGUUCCAGACUCGCGGAAUGCAAGAUAACGUGGAGCGUGUGUUGAAACUGCUAGCCCGACAAAAAGCAGACGAGAUUCUUGCGACCCGUGAACCUCGUCUGCCCUCUGAUGUAUUCGUCUCAGCGUACUUUGGCGCUUUCCGCCCAAGACCCUUACCUACGCUGCCGGAGAAUCGAACGACAGGCGAUGAAACUCUCAUCAAGUCACUAGAGGCGCUUCAGGCUGGCGAUUACAUUCACUCACUGACACUUGUCAACGAGGCCCUAGAGCAGGGUAUCUCGUUCGAUCUUGGCAAAGCAGAGGCCCUGAACCUGAGAGGCAGCUACAAGUUCCUCAUGGGCGACGUCACUGGUGCCAAAGAUGACUUGAUGGCCUCUGUUGAAGUCGUCCCUUCGUUCACUCAGAGUUGGGUGAAGAUUGCCAGUGUGUACAUGGAGCAGGGCGACUCAGACAAAGCGUUCGAGUGCUUCGACGAAGCUAUCAAGCAAAAUCCUGAUGAUCCUGAUGUUUACUAUCACCGGGGCCAAGUGUACUUUAUCACAAAUGAGUUUGAGAAGGCUGCGGCGGACUACACCAAGUCGACUGCGUUGGAUGAGAACUUUGUUUUCAGCCAUAUCCAGUUGGCCGUUGCUCAGUACAAGGCCGGGAAUAUCGCUAACGGAAUGGCCACCUUCCGAAGGACUUUGAAAGCGUUCCCGGAUCGCAGCGAGCCUGCAAACUACUACGGUGAACUGCUCCUGGACCAACAACGCUAUGAUGACGCUAUCGACAAGUUUGAUCGUGCUAUUGAGCUUGAACUUGCCAAGCCUAGAGCGCGGAAUGUACUGCCCAUGGUCAAUAAGGGCCUGACGAUCUUCCAAGCCAAGCAAGAUGUAGCUGCUGCCGAAGAGCUGUGUAAGAAAGCUCUUGAGAUUGACCCCGAAUGUGAACCGGCUGUUGGAUCUCUUGCUCAGCUUGCUUUGCAAACCAACCGGGUCGAGGAGGGGUCACAGCUCUUCAAGAGACAAGCAGAAAUUACGAGGAGCGAGCCCGAUCUUUUGGGCGCGCUCACGUAUCACUUUGUAGGUUUUCUUUCCGACUGUUAUCUGAGGGUCAGGUCGAGGAUUGACGUGUUUUCAUAGGCCACGAAGUCUCAAAUUGACUUCCUAAAAGCCUAUCCCGAGAUGGCGGCACAAAUGGGUAGCAUUGCAGCAGGCCUGAUGUGAACGGAUUGUCAUCCAUAUUUAUCUCCGUGCAUCUCCACAACUGGACCUUCUUGCUACUUCUCACGUUCAGUCCUGUGAAGGACUGGAAGUCAGAACCCGUGUCGUUUGCGCCCAUUCUCGUUAUAUAUGGUCGUCGUACAUGUUAUACACUUAUAAUAUUGAUUAGGACGCAAUGCUACAACCCUCACUCCUUG